GAGCUCAUGGAUCGACGGCGAUUGACGGUGGUCGAUGGUUAUCGUGUUGGAAGUUGGAAGUGGUGGGAAGUGGCUGCUCGACAUCAUCGACAUCGACACUUGAUGUGACGGACGUUUGCCAACGUCUGGUGCACGUUGUGAAUUAUCCGAUGUUGUGUCGUCAAGCUCUCUCGAUAUUUAAUCAUGGCGUAGCAGUAAAACCCGCGCGAAAUGAGUAGAACCACGAGGUCCAUGGGCCCCUGCAGGGGUGGCCUAUACGUCAUCGAGGGUGAAGUAUGCCUCCUGGUGACGGCGAUGCGGCGAGGUGCUCGAUGGUCGUCGCACUCUCACCAGGAUGAUGAUCAAGAUGCUCUUAUGAAGGGCUUGAACACCUUGAAGGAAGUGUUGAAUGAACCAAGGGAUCUCUCUCAAUUGGAACCUGCAGUUUUUCUUACUCCCUUCCUGGAAAUCAUAAGAUCAGAGGAAACUACAGGACCUGUGACUAGUCUGGCAUUAUCCACUGUUAAUAAAAUAAUUUCUUACGGUCUUAUUGAUCCUAAUCACCCUGCCAUAGCAUCCUGUGUGGAGGCUAUAGCAGAUGCUGUUACUCAUGCUAGAUUUGUAGUCACUGAUGCAUCUGGUGAUGGAGUAGUUCUAAUGAGAAUUCUACAAGUCUUGAGAGCUCUAAUGCUGUCACCUGUCGGCGAUCAUCUUUCCAAUGAAAGUAUAUGUGAAAUUAUGCUGAGUUGCUUUAGGAUAUGCUUUGAGACGCGGCUUAGUGAAAUACUUAGAAGAACAGCGGAGCAUUGUUUAAGAGAUAUGGUUCAACAUUUGUUCACUAGAUUACCACAGUUUGUUGACGAUACCAGAGUUUUGCCGAAUAUGAAGAAAAUGAGAACAAACAGCGUGGAAAGUACUCGUAGCAAGAAUAGGAAACACAAAAGUUAUACGAAGCAGAAAUCCAAGUCCGUGAGUGAUGACGUUGACGAGAAGGAGCUUAUUAUGAGCUCUGUGGAUAGAAUUCGUGCAGGUCACUUGGCCACCACGCCCGUUUCACCCGUCGGCAAUAUCGUUGACAUGCAAGGAUCGUUAGAUCAUGGGAGUGUUGAUAAAAGCGAGGAUGAAAAAAGUGAAAACAAGAUUAACAGCAACAAAGAUAGUAACAAGGACAAAACUGAAAAUAGCAAAAUGGAUAAUCAGGAUAAUCAGGAAGCAAAUAAGAAGCAACAAGAUGACAAGGAUAUUAAGAGCGAGGCAGAAACGGUGGAGAAUAAUAAUUCUCAAUCUGAAAAUGUUGACGUAGAAAAUAAAGUUGCAGCUUUAGCAGAGACCAAAAACGCGGAAAAAGAAGUGGCAGCUGAUCAGAAGAAUACCGCAGACGAAGUUUCCGAAUCUUCUAUCAAAUCCGUAUCAGAAAUUCAAGGUGACGAUGAAAAAAGCAUAGACUUGGCGCAAUCUCCGGUAGGCAGCGUGGAAGAUUUGUCGCUAGACGAAAGCACGUCGAAGACGUACAAAGCGAAAGAGCCGGAGCAAGUAGAGGAGUACGUGAACAGUCAGGGCGUCCGAUUCAUUCCGUUGCAGCAACGCGCACCCUACGGCGCAUUGUGCGUGCGCGAGUUGUUCAGAUUUCUCAUCUCCUUGUGUAGCCCUCUCGACAAGCAGAACAACGAGAUUAUGACUCAUUUGGGUCUUAGUUUACUGCAAGUGGCGUUGGAAAUCGCUUCCGACGCUCUAUCUAAUUUUUCAUCCCUGCUUGCGCUCGUGAAAGACGAGUUGUGUAGAAAUCUCAUUUUGCUACUUGGAACAGACAGAUUGUCGAUUCUCGCUGUGGAUCUUCAAGUAUCAUUCUUGCUGUUCGAGUCGCAGAGGGAACAUCUGAAAUUCCAACUGGAGCAUUAUUUGAUCAAAUUAAUGGAAAUAGUUAAUUCCGAGUCUAACAGGAUAUCAUACGAGCAACGGGAAUUAGCGCUUGAGGCCAUAGUAAGGUUAUGGAGGAUACCGGGCUUGCCCGCCGAAUUGUAUCUAAAUUAUGACUGCGGACUCUAUUCCACGAACUUGUACGAGGAACUUAUGAAGAUGUUUUCUAAGAAUGUUUCUAUAGCGAUGACCACCAGCAUGCACAGUAUGCAAUUGAUUUCCUUGGAAGCCAUAAUAACGCUCAUUACCGGAAUGGAGAUUCGUUGCAAAGGCUGCAAAGAAUUGUGUAAGCCGUCACGUCACGAGACCUCGGCAAAUCUUCCCACGCGCGAAGAUCUACUCGCGAUAAAGGCGGACAAACGGUGGCUAGUUCUUGGCACGGAGAAGUUCAACGAGAACCCGCGGGAGGGUAUCACAAAACUCACCGAGCACGGUCUCUUGGGCGGCACUCCCGGUCACUCGGAUCCAGACAAAGUUGCGAAACUUCUGAGAGAGAAUCCCGGCUUGGAUAAGAAGGCGAUCGGCGAGUAUAUCAGCAAGAAGGAGAACAAGAACAUCCUGAAUUAUUUCGUGCACAGUUUCGACUUGAGAAAUACACGCAUCGAUCAGGCCCUGCGACUUUAUUUGGAAUCGUUUAGGCUGCCCGGAGAAGCUCCUCUCAUAUCUCUUCUACUCGAGAAGUUUGCCGAGCAUUGGCACGAUAGCAAUGGUGUACCGUUUGCUUCAGCCGACGCCGCCUUUACAUUAGCUUACGCGGUGAUUAUGUUAAACGUCGAUCAACAUAAUUAUAAUGUAAAAAGACAGAAUAAUCCCAUGACCGCCGAUGAAUUCAAGAGAAACUUGAAGAAAGUUAACGGCGGUGCUGAUUUUGAUCAGGACAUGCUCGACGAGAUAUAUUCGUCAAUUAAAGGGGAAGAGAUUGUGAUGCCGGCCGAGCAGACCGGGCUAGUGAAAGACAAUUAUCUAUGGAAGGUUUUACUGAGGAGAGGUGCUGGACUUGAGAGUGUGUACUUGAAAGUAGGCAAUUCUAGCGAAUUCAUCGACAGAGAUUUGGCCGAGCACGCGUGGGGUCCGAUUGUGAGCGCUCUUUGUCGCGCGUUUGAUAAAGCGCCAGACAGAUCGCUGCAGCGCAAAGUUGCUCAAACAUUUCUCAGUUGUGCGGCGAUCAGUGCCCACUACAGCAUGUGCGGCGACUUGGAUACCCUGAUCGUGAGUCUCUGUAAGUUCACGGGCUUGAUAAUCGGCGGCAAGCCCGAGCAAGUGGUUCUGCAUCUCGGUGGAAGCGCAAAGUCCCAGUUGGCCGCUCGCACUCUUUUCAAGAUCACGCAUUUGCACGGGGACGCUCUGAGGGCGUCUUGGAAGAAUAUCAUCGAUUGUCUGCAAUCGCUGUACGAGGCGAGGCUGUUACCGAAAAAUCUCACGGAAGCGGAGGACUUCAUCGAUCCAUCCGGCAGGAUAUCUCUACUGCGGGAACCGACUACGCCCAAGGCUUCUCAAGUCGAUCAAGGAUUAUUUUCCACCUUUUAUUCGUAUAUCGCGAUGGAUACGUCGCGCCUGCCGCAUCCCGCCGAGGCGACCGCGCGGAAAAAGGCCACGGAGUUUAUCACUAAUUGUUAUCUCAAGGAAAUCAUCGAAGAAAGCAAAUUCUUUCAGAGUGAGUCGCUCAACUCUCUCGUCGGUGCUCUGGUGUCCGCGAAUCCCAACGACGAGGAUAUAUCUAUAUUUCUGCUGGAGCUGUUGCUGGAAGUGACCAUACAGAAUCGCGAUAGAGUUACGUGCAUCUGGCCGGUUGUCCAGAGUCACUUGGAUCGCUUACUGACGGUGGCGGCGCGCGAGAAUCAUCCUUAUCUGCUCGAGAGGGUGGCCGUAGGGGUGCUGAGGUUGGCUAUUCGGCUUCUGCGCGGCGAAGAAUUCGCGUGUCUGUCUCCUCUGUUACCUCUGACCCAUUUGCCGUCCGCGACAACCGCGCCGUUGGCCCGGCAGAUCGCCUACGGUCUGUUCGAGCUAUUGAAGACGGGUGCCGCAAAUAUUCACAGCGCGGAGGACUGGAAGGUCGUCUUCAGCUUGUUGGAAUGCGCGGGCGCCGGCGCACUGGCGCCUAAACGGUCCAACACCGUCUUGGACGAAACAGCAAACGCCCGUGCGUCGGUUCUGGAUCCGAGACCCAUCAGCCCGGUCCCGGAAUGGGUGUUGGUGUCACCUACCGGCACGGAGGCGCCGCUUCCGGUGGCCGCCGACACGAUAGUGCUGGCGCGCGAUCUGCAGCUUCACGAUUCGGCGGCGUUCGUCAAGUGCUGCGAAAGCUUGAACUUCCUGGUGCGCGACAUGGCGCACGUGACACCCUUCAACUUUGAUUUGUGCGUCAACUGCGUGAGAACAUUCGCAGAGGCGGUGCUGCAGUGCGCAGGCAAGCGAAACAGAGUGUGCAACACUACGGAGGAGUCGCCCGGCUAUCAGCAGAGCCCGGUGCAGCUGCUGGAUUUGAUGCACACCCUGCACACGAGGAUCGCCCAGGUGUUCCGAUGGUGGGCUGAAGAGGGCACUAUCGACGACGGUAUAUCUCUGUGGCCGCAAGCCUGGCGACCGCUGCUGCAAGGAAUCGCGCGACUCUGCUGCGACGCUCGCAGGCCAGUGCGCACAACGGCGAUCACGUGUCUGCAGAGCACUCUACUGGCACACGAUCUGGCGCAACUGUCCGCGGUAGAAUGGUCGCAAUGUCUGGAGGAAGUACUGUUUCCGCUGCUGGCGCAACUACUGGGCCCGAUCGCGUCCAACGAUCCCAUCGGCGUCGAGGAGACGAGGGUCAGAGCGGCGAUGUUGCUCUCCAAAGUGUUUCUCCAUCAUUUGAAUCCACUGCUGACUCUGUCUGGUUUCCUGCCGUUGUGGCUGACGGUGCUGGAGCUCCUGCGCGCGUACAUGCACGCCGACAACAGCGAGCUGCUGUUCGAGGCGAUCCCCGAAUCGUUGAAGAACAUGCUGCUGGUGAUGUCGUCGGCCAACGUUCUGGCGCCGAGUUCCAACCUCUGGGCGCCCACGUGGCGGGCGAUCGACGCAUUCCUGCCGAAUCUGAAAGUGGAGCUCUUCCCGGAGCCGCCCGUUGCGGUUCUGCCGUCCCCGCAGUCGCCGCAGCAAUCGCCGCAGCCGCAAGUCAUUAGUCUGGUCGGCCAACAGCAGCCGUCCUUCCCGGGAUCCAUAGCUCCGCAACCGGAAAGCACUCCCGUUCCGGUCGCCAGUGAGUGCCCUAACGAGAAUAACGCUGAUGUGAAGAUUGCGGCGCAGCCAGUAGACAUUCUCAGCCCGGCGCAAUCUGGCGGCGUGCCGCUUCCGGUUUCGCUGCCGACGUUGAUGUACAACACCGAGGGCAAGGAAUCGCAACAAGUAAUUACUUUGGUCGGUCAGCCGCCGCCCAGUGUGUCGAGUCCGGUCGCGGUACAGCCUACUGCUCAGAGUAUUUUCGAUAUCUGUCACACAGCGAGUCCUCUGACAGAUAAAACGGGCGAGCGAUUGCAACAACAGCAGCAGCAGCAGCAACAGCAGCAGCAGCAGCAGCAACAACAGCAGCAGCAGCAGCAACAACAAUCAUCAUCACCGAUAUCGCCGAGCAAAGAAGAACAUACCAGGUCGACGGUGAGCGUGACGCAAAAUGUGAACUCCGCUGACGAGAAUCGCGAUUUGAUUCUCGCGAUGAGGAAAUAUGAAGAGUGGCGACAGCAGCAGCAUCAACAGCAGCAAAUGCUGAUGCAGCAGCAGUGCACGCAGUAUCCGCCGCAAUCGUACGGACAGGUGCCGCAGUAUCAGCAUCCGGUGACGGAAAGCUCGCCUUACCCCGCGGAUCCAUCUGAGACGAUGACCGUAGAUUCUACGGCGGCGGCGACGUUUAACUCCGCGGCGUAUUUUAGCGAGGAUCCGGCGGCGGAUCUUCUCUUCGUCGUCACUAACCCUUGACCACUGUACAUUUUUUAUGUAAAUUGUAUUAUAUAAAACAUUUCUAUCAUGUGUGAGUCGUGAUCUGUGUAGAUGAGAGAUACUGUCGGGAGUGACGAGGGAGGACGAGUAUAUAUAGACGCAGAGUUUGUUGCAUCUUUGGUUUGUAUAUUUGGCACUCAUUAUAUACAAAUAAUAUAUAUAUAUGUAUAUGUACUAUACGUGUACGCUUUAUUGUUAGGAUUAUCGUGCGCAUAAUCGUAACAAUAAUGGUGAGAACACAACAUUGCUCUCAGCACCACUUUCAGCACUCAAAUCUUGUACUUCCGUAUUGAAUCUUUUUUGCAACAAAGGAGCUCUCCGCGCUAGCCAAACGUGUAAGGCCAAAUCUUCUCUGAAUUCGACUGAUCAACUCCUCGCCAUUUCACCGGCGCGCGUUCCACGUAGAGUGGUGCGAACCGUAAUUUUGAUUCUUACAGAUUCUACUUAGGCAAUUUAAAUCCUUAAGUGUAGCCGCGUGCUCUAGGCUCGUACAUGUGCAAUGCGAUUCGUAGAGAAUGCCGAAUUAAACGGUGAUUUCGCUGAAGAUUGAAAGUGCUGUGCAAUUUCGGUAAGCCCAAUUUUCAAUCGACGCAAAGAAUCGGCUUCGCAUCGUCAUCGAUAAACGGAAUUGUUCUCAAAUGGAAUUUGUCUCAUACAAUCAACGUCGAAAAUUGGACUCUCAGAGAAAUUGCAGUCGGCUUCGAUCUCCCGCUCUUAACUUUCAUCUCAGAUGUCUCUUCAUUCGCGCGAUAUAUCGUAGCCCAAUCUGUACAUAUGCAAAUAAUACAUUGAACAAUAAGAAAUUUAUACACGCAUCAUGCUCACGUCCCGAAGGAGUCCGAAGAAUACCGAGAGCGAACAGGACUACGUCGAUGACGACGUUGCGUUCAGCUCGCACGCACUCGUUAUUAUUGCAGCGCGCAAGCGAGAACCAUUGUUUCCUUUACAUUACAUUUGUUCUUGUUAUUUUUUUCUCGUUUUUUUUUGCAGAGACAGCGCUCCUGCGCGAAGACUUGCCUGCUUGCGAUCAUUAUUAGCUAGAGCCGAAAUGUUUUAUCAUAUCCCUGAGUGAAU